CUGAUAAAGUAACAUUGGGAAUAUGCUCUCUCUCCCCUACUUUACUCUCGGUACAGUUCAUACUUGGUCAUCAUCAUCGUCCUCCUCCUAGGGAAUCACGAUCCUUUGAGAACGAUUUCUGGAACAUCAGUCCACACUCUGAGAAGAAACAUGAGUCACCCCAGAAAGGCGGAUGAUAUAUUUUCUGAGUUCUUUGGUAGCCCUUCAGGUCCGAGAACUGCGGAUGAUAUAUCAGCAGAGUUCUUUGGGGUCUCUAGCCCUUCAGGUCCGAGAACUGCGGAUGAUAUAUUUUCUGAAUUCUUUGAAUUCCCUAGACCUUCUGCUGCUGCUGCUGGUGGUAAUGGUGGCGGCGGCAAAGGAGGAGGUGGUGGUGGCGGCUCAUCUUAUCCCGGUGGAGCUAGGAAGGCAGCUCCUGUUGAAAAAAAGUUGCCUUGUAGCCUUGAAGACCUUUACAAAGGAACCACCAAGAAGAUGAAGAUCUCUAGGGAGAUUGCUGGUGUCUUUGGCAAGACAAUGCAGGUAGAAGAGAUUUUGACUGUUGAUGUGAAACCUGGGUGGAAGAAGGGCACAAAGAUCACAUUCACGGCGAAAGGAAAUGAGCAACCCGGUGUGAUUUCAGCGGAUUUAGUCUUCAUCAUCGAUGAGAAGCCUCAUCCGAUUUUCACUCGAGAUGGUAACGACCUCCUAGUCACACAGAAUAUCUCAGUUCUCGAGGCCUUUACCGGCUACACCGUCAUCCUGACUACACUUGAUGGUCGGAGACUGACCAUCCCAGUCAACACUGUGAUCCAUCCAGAGUACGUGGAAGUGGUUCCAAAUGAAGGAAUGCCAUUGCAGAAAGACCAGACUAAGAAAGGCAACUUGACUAUCAAAUUUAACAUCAAGUUCCCUACAAGGUUAACCUCAGAGCAGAAGACAGGAUUGAAGAAAAUUCUCGGAUGAAUUGAGUUAAAAUCAGCCCAUUCCAGACAACACAUUGUAGAAUACGACAGGAAGUAUCAAAGCUUCUAUAUAUCUUGUUGGAGAUGGCAGGGAUUGUGAUUAAAUAAUGUUGUGCCCUUUCUGAUCGAUUUGUAGCAUAUGUAUGAAUGAGUACUGCUGUGACCUUUCUGAUCGAUUCGUAACAUAUGUAUAAUUAAAUACUGUUGUGAUCUUUCUGAUCGAUUUGUAACAUAUGUAUGAUUGAAUACGCCUAAUAAGUUUGCUACUUCUUCCAUAA